AUGGCUUUUGUGUCGAGGCUCAUUGGCGACUACAAAGAGUGCCUGGCCGAGCUGAUUGAAGCAACCACGUGCGCGAACAGGGCUUUCCUCCUCGACCAGCUGAAACCGAUGCGACGACAGAUCGAACUGAGCCACGGCCACUGCAUCCGAGAGCAGAAGGCGCCAUCGAAGGCGAGGCCCAUGGACGGAGUUCGUGAGAGCCCAAAAUCGGCGAGCCGAGAGGUCAAGGCAUGGCAGGUGCAGUUCCUCUGUGCCGAGGAAUUUCAUUCCAACCUGAGAAGAGGCAAACGUGGCAGUCCUGUGGUCGAGACUCGCCGGAUUUGCUGGUACCUGGACCGCUACCAAGGCUGCGUCGACACGGCGCUUCGCGGUGCCCGGGAAGAUUCGGAACUCGUGACGCACAUGGAGUACUUUGUCGGAGCACUUACGCGGAAGUACCGAGCGAUAUGCUACGCCGGGACCAAGCUCACGACGCCUAAAGUUGCCAAGCGUCCUCAGGUGAAGCUCCUCCGCGCGCUGUCCGGGUUCGAGAAUAGCAGCACGUCCGAACCCGAGGUCAAGGAAUGCGACUUACACGCCAACACGGCACUCUUCUUUGCCUGCGGUCUGCGGUUCAACGAAAUCGUGAGCUACAACCCGCCGAAGGAAAAGGUCUGCAUGGGCUACUACCAGUUCGACAAGUGCACAAAGGGCGUGCAGUGCCAGUCCCUGUCCGACUUCAACACGCACUCGAUGCACGUGCGAGACGUGCUGCUGCAGCCGUACGAGCCGUACUGCCACGGCUUCGUGCCACGCACCGUGGACGAGAUUAUCGUACAAGAGCCCGAUGUCGUCUAUACGAAGCCGCCAAGCUAUACGAAAGGCCCGGAGGGCCCGACAGGCCCGAAAGGCCCCAAGGGCCCGACACGCCCGACAACUGCGACGGGCAGCCGUUGCGAUGAAGACGCGUACCUCGAGAAGUACUUCGACUGCGGCCUGAAGUUCGUGUUCAACAUGAACGACGUGGGCACGAAGGGCGACUCGAAAUACGAAUGCCACGUGUGCAGCGUCGUGAAGUCCCACAUGGAUUGCCUUCGUAUGAUCAAGACGGCGUCUGACUGCGACGAGGAUGACAUCAAAAUCAGGGCCGUCCUCGACUACAUCGACCAAGAGCUGUGGUCUAUCGGAGGCGUCAAGUGCCCCAAGGACCAAUGCAAGAAGAGAACCGGACGGAUACGGUUCCUGUCCUCGCAGCAGCUCUGCCACCUGCGCGAUUAUGCUGGCACGUACUUCACGUGCGGCGCGCGUUUCCUGAAGAACACCUUCCCCAUUCGCCCUCCCAUCGAGGAAGACUGCAGGUUCUACAAGGAUUUCCUACUGUGCCUGGACCUCCUCAUACAGUGCCGUACCGUGAGCGACAUCGAAGCGAAUCUCAAACACUUCACCGCGGUGCUUACGGCAGGCUACGAGGAGCGGUGCAAAGGUUACAACGCAAGCGAGCCGUGCACCAAGCUGCACCUGAUGAAGGCCUUUUUUUCCUGCGGCACCACCUACUACCAGUCACGCCGCAAUGUUUUCCUGUGGUACCGUAUGGCCCAGCCCGGAGUGUGCGAAUUACUGCAGACGUUCUACAUAUGCGUGGAGGCCGCCGCCAUCGGCUGCGAAGAGUUUGCCGAGCUGAUCGUGAAGCUGAAGGAGGUCGUCAAGCACCUCUACACGAAACACGGGUCAGCCUGCGGGCCCGGCCAAGACGACAACAGGCGGCGGCGCUUUCUGCGGCUCGACUGGCAGACGUCGUGCGACCAGCUCAAGGCCGUCCGGAGCCUGGUGCUGUGCGGCGUCGCCUUCGACCGCACACUGCCGACGACGCGGAACGGCUCCGCUGCUGCGGUCGACGAGUGGGCUAAGACCGCCGCCGUCUGCCCAUUGGUGCAAGAAAUGACGUACUGUCUUCGUUCGGCUGCUGAAGACAACGGCUGCUCGGACUCUGGUUUCCUCAAGUCCGCGAUAUCGGUGCUCCGAAAAGAUCUGCUAUCUGAAUUUGAUGACACCUGCGGGGCCACAGCUUCGGCUGAUAACAAGUCCCACCUGUACCCUCCAGCCUGCAGGCUUAAGGAAUUCACACAGGAAUGGGAGUCAUGUGACUGGAAAAUGGAGGAUUUCUACGCUGUUCCUUUGUACCGAAAUGCCGCCAGGUUCAGGACGACGCGUAUCAGCGGCGUCGCGCGGCACAAACUCUGCGCUGAACUUGCCGGUCACCGCGCCUGCCUCGCCGACUCUGCCGCCAGGAGUCACUGCCAGGCACUGGCGCCCCAAGCGGCGGCCAUCGGCAACACGCUGUUCCACCGGCUCGAAGACGCCUACUGCUCGGCCUGUGGUCCCUGUCAGCGACGGGACCAACUAUUGCUCCUCGCGGUUCUUGCCAUGGCGUCAGCCGUGAUGGCUAUAGGAGAUUCGUAGAUUGAUUAAUGCGUCGGGAAAGUUGAUCCGGCCGCCUCAUCGAAAAGAAGAGGAAUUUCGUUUCAUUUGCUUAUUCAGAUGGGGCUGCGCGCAUACACUAGUGUACUAAUUAGUUCGAAGAAAUUUUUUUCGGAACA